GGCGUCUUUAGUAAACAGUCUGCAGUCUUCGGUCUUCAGUCUUCAGUCGUCUGUGGCCUUGCCGAGCCAACAGUUGUGUUGUUGCGUACCGCUCCGUCUUCUCCGCUGCUACCGCCGGACUUACCGCUCCCUCCGCUCGUCCCGCUACAAGUUUCUGGGGAGUUCGACUUGGCUGAACGAUCGACUGCUUUCAAUCCGAAGACUGAUUCCGCGAUGGCCUGGCUGGUGGUGCUGCUGGUCCUCUAUGUGAUCUGGGAUGUCAACUACUUCAUCCGCUGCGUGUUCACGGUCUUCGCGGGCCGUCUGUUCCAGCGGAAGCGCAAGGUGACGGAGACCACGGCGAUCUACGGGCUGUGCACCUCGCAGGACGUGGACAUCUUCAUCCGGCACAUGAACAACGCGCGCUACCUGCGCGAGCUGGACUUCGCCCGCUUCCACUUCUACGCGCUGACCGGGCUGUACGAGCGCAUCCGGGAGCGGCGGGGCGGAGCGGUCCAGGGGGCCAGCAGUGUGCGCUACCGGCGCACCAUCCCCAUCUUCCACCCGUACAAGAUCCUGACCAGGCUGGUCUGGUGGGACGAGAAGGCCAUCUACCUGGAGCAGCAGUUCGUCACCUUGUCGGACGGGUUCGUGCGGGCGGUGGCCAUGUCCAAGCAGAACAUCACCAACUGCAACGUGCUGGACGUGCUGAAGAGCUACCCGGAGACCGCCCAGCGACCGGAGAAGCCCGAGGAGCUCAAGCUCUGGCUGGACGCCAUCGAGCUGUCCAGCCAGAAGCUGCGCAAGGACAAGUGAUUGCGGUGUCCAUUGGGAAUCCCUUGCUCUUGCCUCUUCCAUUGCGUAGAAUAGGAGCUCUUUUUUUUUGUGCACAACAAACAUUAGACUGGUUUAUGAGUAAAUACAUACAUAUAUCGAAUCAUAUUGCACAUAUUGUUCCACAUGAAUGCAAAUUAGUAAAAGACUUUACUGCACCAUUUAUCAUUUUGCUUACAGAGUGUGUGCAGCUAACACAAUAAAAUCAGUGGCAGAAGCCCCUAAGUUAAAAUAA